AUGUCGGCGUCCCGUGACAGCUACAGCGUGGCCUCCUCUCAGGCGUCCACCAUCACCCCUUUCAGCACCGACGUCGCCUCUUCCGUUGCUUCGCUUGACUCUUCCGUCCCUACUUCCCCCGAACCCUCCGACAUUGGCGACGAUGCCGAUCACAAGCUCUCCUUCAUCUCGCACAAGGACCGUCGUGGUCCCAACGGCUACCGCUUCGCCACCCAGUGCGCCACCGUAGAUGACCCCAACCACAAGGAUCAGUACGGCUCCUCUUCGACACCCAUCUACAUGUCGGCCACCUUCAAAGGUCUUCCCGGUGCCGAAUUCGACUAUUCUCGCUCGGGCAACCCCACCCGCUCCAUGCUUCAGCACCAUCUCUGCCAGCUUCAGAACUGCAAGUACAGCUUUGCCGUCUCCAGCGGCAUGGCCUGCCUCGACGUCAUCACUCGCAUCGUCAAGGCCGGCGAGCGCAUCAUUGCCGGCGAUGACCUCUACGGUGGAACCAACCGUCUUCUGGGCUACCUCGCCUCGCACCAGAACAUCCACACCGACCACGUCGACACUACCGACGCAUCCAAGGUCGAAGAGAUGCUCCAGAAGCGAAGCCAAGACGCUGCUGCCGGUCUUUGCGGCAAGGUCAGCAUGGUGCUCCUCGAGACUCCCACCAACCCAUGCCUCAAGAUUUGCGACCUUCAGCGAUGCGCUGCUGCUGCCAAAAAGUGGGCUCCCGAUGCUGUCGUCGUCGUCGACAACACCAUGAUGUCGCCCUACCUCAUGCGUCCUCUUGAGCUCGGCGUCGACGUCGUCUACGACUCCGGCACCAAGUACCUCUCGGGUCAUCAUGACCUUAUGGCCGGUGUCAUUGCCUGCGAUCGUGACGAUCUUGGCAAGCAGAUCGCCUUCACCAUCAACUCGAUCGGCAAUGCGCUCACGCCCAUGGAUUCAUUCCUCUUGCUUCGUGGCAUCAAGACGCUGGCGGUGCGCAUGGAUCGACAGCAGGCUUCUGCCAUCACCGUGGCCCACUAUCUCGACUCGCUUGGAUUCAAGGUCAACUAUCCCGGUCUUGCCUCCCACCCUUCCAAGGCGGUGCACGAUAAGCAGGCUGCCGGUCCAGGCUCGGUGCUCAGCUUUGUUACGGGCGAUAAAGCGCUUUCGGAACGCAUUGUGGGUGCCACGCGUCUGUGGGGCAUUUCGGUUUCGUUUGGCUGUGUCAACAGUCUGAUCUCGAUGCCCUGUCUCAUGUCGCACGCAUCGAUCGACCCGAAGGUCCGUGCGGCCCGUGGCAUGCCGGAAGACCUCAUCCGUCUCUGCGUCGGCAUUGAAGACGAGCGCGACUUGCUUGACGACCUCCAAAACGCUCUGCUUCAAGCCGGCGCCAUCCGCCGCAAACCCUCUUCUCGAUCCACCGCACUCGCUUCAACCAGCGAAAGCUCUCGCGCAGCGUCCCCAGAUCCCAUUGCCUACGAACGUACGCCUUUGCAUACCGAGGAGCAGACCCAGCAGAACAAGGUGGGCAGCUUGGUCGACGACAUGAACCGUGCAAAGCUCGAGACUCGUGGCGGUGAGGGGGAACCUCGCCUUGCUCAGGAUCACCCGCCGCCGUCAUCGGUGGUGGUCAGUGCACCUGGCAAGGUGAUCCUCUUCGGUGAGCACGCAGUAGUUCACGGUGUCACUGCUGUUGCUGGAUCGGUGGCGCUGCGAUGCUAUGCCAACGUUUCGCCCCGCGAGGACGGCAAGAUCUCGCUCGAUCUGCCCGAUCUGGGCGUCGUCCACACUUGGAGCAUCGACGAGCUCCCUUGGUCUGCAGUGCCCAAGUCGCUCCAGAGCGGCGGCGCUGUGCCCGACUCGCUCGACCAGACGCUCGUCAGCGCCAUUGAAAAGGUCGUGGGUGACACUGUCAACGAGAGCGAACGAAGCCAUGCUGCUUCGAUCGCUUUCCUUGUGCUUUACAUGUGCAUCGCUAGACAGGCGGAUGCUCGCGCUCAGGCCUUCGUUCUGCGCUCGGCUCUGCCCAUCGGUGCUGGCCUGGGAUCAAGUGCUGCGCUCAGCUCGUGUCUCGCUGGUGCGCUCACCAUCCUCUACGGCCGCAUUCCUGCCCCUGCUGGCGAGGUGUCGGCGGAGCAUUCUGCCUACGUCAACCAGUGGGCAUUCCUGUCCGAGAAGGUGAUCCACGGCACGCCUUCUGGCGUCGACAACUCGGUGGCCGUGCACGGUGGAGCUAUCGCUUUCACGCGCGCUCACCCGAGCAACACACUCACCGCCAACAAGAUGGACAAGCUCAAAGGAUUCUCCUCGUUCCGCUUCCUGCUCGUCGACAGCUGCGUCGGGCGUGAGGGCAAGAAGCUCAUCGCUCACGUUGCAGCUCAGAAAGAAUCCGACCCGACUCGCGUCAACGCUGCCCUGGCUCGAAUCCAGACCAUCGCCGACGCAGCUCAGAGCGUGCUGAGCGGCAACUCGGGUCUCUCGCGUGCCCAGCAGGUGGCACAGCUUCGCGAGUUGAUCAAGCACAACCACGCCGAACUCGUCGACCUCGAGGUGUCGCAUGCCUCGCUCGAGUUGAUCAAGAACAAGACUGAGUCGUUCGCCCCCGAGCAGUUGGCUACCAAGCUGACGGGUGCGGGUGGAGGAGGAUGCGCCGUGACGCUGCUGCCGGACGAGUUUGAGGAGGAUAAAGUCAAGGAGCUGAUGAGCGAGCUGGAAAACGCUGGAUUCAAGUGCUACGAGACCAGGGUGGGAGGUGACGGAUUCGGUGUCAAGCUGCUGCAGGAUGAGCAGGAGGAGGCCGAAGCAAAGUUGCGCUUCCAGGAGGCGAGCGUGAGCAAGGAGCUGGCCGCAUGGGCUGAUGGACAGCAGGGCUGGGUGUUUGCUUGA